AUGCGGGUGGUGAAGCGGGUGAAGCGUGGUGGAAGGCGGGCCACCUGGACGCCCCGGCUAGUGGGCAAACGCGGGAGCCGGAGCCGAGCCGUGAGCCAGCUGCUCCACACCCUGACUAAGAAGCAGAAGAAGCACCUUCGGGAUUUCGGCGAUGAGCAUCCACUUUACGACAGUUGUGGCGGCCCCUGCCGGGCGCGCGGGGGCCGUCUCCGCGGGGUCCCGACGGCGGCUGCCACGGCCCGCGCUACCCCCCCCCACGACCGCCUCCUCCCCCCCACGCGCAUCCUCCCCCCCCACGCGCUCCUCCCCCCCGGUACAGAGGGGACACCAGCGCACCGGUACCUGUGGCUCCGCCUCCGCGUGUCCAGACUCUCGGUUCCCAUCUUGUUGCUCACCCCCCACUGUGCUUUGGGCCGCUUCACACCAGCGGGUUUCUGGAAAGGAGGCAAAACCACGAUUUAUCAACGGGUAUGGUUUUUGCCUGCUGACCCUGAAGGAAAAGAUGGGGAUGGGCCACUUGGCCACAUCACAAGAUCCCUUGAGGAAUUUACAGAUGCAAAACACGAGUCACUCUUCAGCCUGGAAACCAAUUUUCUCGAGGAAAGUGAAGGCGCAUGUUCUCUGAAAGUAUCACAAGAUCCAUUUCUACAACAUGUGAACAAAGAACUGAAAGAAAAAGAAAUUCAAGCUGUUGCCACAAAUCCCAGAACUACUCACCAGCUAAAAUGGCCUGUAUUGGGCCAGCUUGUCUUUUCAUCCAAGUUUCAGAAGUUGGAAACAUUUAAACCCUCAAAGGACGUUGACUUAAAGUCACUUCAUCUGCAGAAGCCCCUGGAAUCCACCUGGACCAAGACGAACAGCCAGUUCCUCUCUGGUCCCUCCAAAUCAAGUAGCCCUUUCACACCCCUCCAGAAAGAGCUCUUCUUAAUUAUGAACUCUUACCAGGAUCUAUUCUACCCAGAAAGGACUGCCCUGAAGAAUGGGGAGGAGAUCCGCCAUGUGUACUGCCUACACGCAAUAAAUCAUGUCCUCAAAGCCAAUGCCCAGGUGCUUAGUAACAAUAGCAGACGUCGCAGUCAGAAGCUUGGGGUGGGUGACGAUGAUGACUUCAGAGACCAAGGGCUAACAAGGCCCAAGGUGCUGAUAGUUGUGCCCUUCCGAGAAGCUGCUCUGCGGGUGGUGCAGCUCUUCAUCAGCCUCCUCGAGGGUGACAGCAAGAAGAAAAUAAUUGUGAGCAACAAAAAGAGGUUUAAGGGAGAGUAUGGCUCAGAUCCUGAGGAGAGACCACCCAACCUGAAGAGGCCUGAGGAUUAUGAAGCUGUGUUUGUCGGCAACAUCGAUGACCACUUUCGGAUUGGCGUGGCGAUACUCCAGAGAAGCAUCCGCCUCUAUGCCCCCUUCUACUCCUCCGACAUCCUCAUUGCCUCCCCGCUGGGCUUGAGGACCAUCAUCGGUGCAGAAGGAGAGAAGAAGAGAGAUAUUGACUUUUUGUCUUCUAUUGAGCUGCUCAUCAUUGAUCAAGCUGACAUUUAUCUGAUGCAGAACUGGGAGCAUGUCCUGCAUUUGAUGAACCACAUGAACCUACUGCCCUUGGAUUCACACGGAGUGGACUUCUCCCGAGUGAGGAUGUGGAGCCUCAAUAGUUGGUCUAAGUACUAUCGCCAGACUCUGCUUUUUGGGGCCCUGCAGGAUGCCCAGAUCAACUCCGUGUUCAGCAAGUACUGCGUCAAUCUCCAAGGCCAGGUGGCUGUGAGGAACGUCCCAAUAACUGGCUCCAUCAGCCAUGUCCUGGUGCAGCUUCCACAUGUCUUCCAGAGGAUGGAAGCUGAAAAUGUAGCUUCGGUGAUUGAUGCCAGGUUUAAUUUUUUUGUGAACAAGAUUUUGCCUCAGUAUCGUGAUGCAGUCAUGUCUCAUACGCUCAUCUAUGUCCCCUCCUACUUUGACUUCGUGCGUCUCCGAAACUACUUCAAGAAGGAAGAACUGAACUUCACCCACAUCUGCGAGUACACUCCGAAGUCUGGUAUUUCCAGGGCCAGACACUUCUUCCUUCAAGGAGAGAAGCAGUUUUUGCUCCUCACAGAGCGCUUCCAUUUCUACAAAAGGUAUACCAUAAAAGGGAUCAGGAAUCUGAUUUUCUAUGAACUGCCAACUUACUCCCACUUCUACAGUGAAGUCUGUAACAUGCUGAAAGCCACCAGCAGAGGAGAGGAAGCCGCCUGGACUUGCACUGUCCUCUACUCCAGGUAUGAUGCCCAGAGGUUGGCUGCUGUGGUUGGUGUGACGCGGGCUGCACAGAUGCUGCAGUCCAAGAAGAAUGUCCACCUCUUCAUUACUGGAGAAAGAUGAGAAUUUGUUGGACAGGAAAUGGUAUUGGCAGGAUAUAUAAUGCUGAUGCUGCGCCACUCGGACCCAGUUCUGAUCACUUACACAAAAGAAGGACUGCUAUAGAAGAGGAGCUUCAGGCAGUAUCAUAUUGGACACUUCUUCCUUUUCAGGUCAUGUGUCCCUGAAAAGUUAAAUGUAAACCAAAUUUUGGUCACAUCUCUCGGACCUCAGGAGAGAGCUAAUAGAAUUCCAAAAGACUGAUAGAAGGAAAAACUUCUACUUGUGAAAUUUUUUUGUAAGCUAUAAAUUCUUCUAUUGUUAUUUUUUUCUUUAUUGUACUUUAUAAAGUCUUUCAGGUUUGCCUGUUUCUGUUUGAUGCUUUCUUAAAAGUAAGGCAUACAUGACAUUGCUUGUGAGAACUGGUUAUAAGAAAUCGGAAUACUACUUGGUACUGAAUAUCAUUUUAAUUUUGGGUCAUGCAGGUUUUGCAAGACUUAUUUUUCUCCAGCCAAACAUUUUUUAAACUUUAAACAUUCUAUUUUAAUUCAACUUCAGAGAGGUAUCCACUGAUCUUUUUUAAACUCAUAAUAGUGUUUCAGUUAAAAUCUACACUUAAAAUCACGUUAUUUAAAAUAUUAAUCUCUUCUCUUGUUUCAAGAAUUUUAUGAAACUCUUGGUGUUGAAAUAGCAAUCUUAAUAUCACCGUCUUCAUUACUGUAGUCAUUUUGUAAAUCAUAUAACAGCUAAAAAUGAAAGGGAAGUUGCACUUUUAAAAACAUUUUUAUCGUGAAAUAUUGCCAGAAAAAUUACAAGUACCGAACCCAGACCAUUUGAGAUUAAGUUGAUGACUCGAUAGGCCUUAUCACUUGUAAAAGUUACCCCUGAAUUUAGUGUGUAUUGCCUCUAAACAAGGGCUUUUCUCUGUGUAACCAAAAAACAGAUACCAAAUCUGGAAUUGCUGUUAAUACCUAUUGCCAUACUCUGACCCUGUUUGCCAAAUAUCCCAAUAAUGUCCUCUCUAGCAAAGGAUACAAUUUAGAAUUACAUACUGCCUUUAAUUGUUA